AUGGAGCAGAAGAACCUAACUGCCACAGUGACAGAAUUUGUCCUCUUGGGCCUCACCCAAAGUCCUGAGCUGCAGCGAUUCCUCUUCAUCAUCUUUUCCAUAGUCUACCUGACAACCUGGCUGGGAAACUUCAUCAUCAUCAUCACCGUGAUCUCCAACGACCGACUCCACACACCGAUGUACUUUCUGCUGGCCAACCUAGCUUUCAUAGAUAUUAGUGAUUCUACAGUCAGUGUGCCGAAGAUGCUGUCGGGUCUCCUCUCCCAGCACAAAACCAUCUCAUUCAAUGAGUGCAUCCUCCAGAUGUUCUUCUUCCACUUCAUUGCUGGUGCUAUGGUCUUUUUACUUGUGGUGAUGGCUGCCGAUAGGUACGUGGCCGUCCAUAAACCAUUGCGAUACUUAACUAUCAUGAACCGGGGUGUGUGUGUGGGGUUAGUGGCAGGCACAUGGAUGGGUGGAUUGGCUCACUCUACUAUUCAGAUUGGAUUGGUCCUCCAGUUACCGUUCUGUGGGUCAAAUGUCCUGGACAAUUUCUACUGCGAUAUCCCACAAGUUGUCAAACUGGCCUGCACCGACACCUACCUGUUUGAGCUGCUGAUGGUCUCCCAAAGUGGGGUACUUGCCAUAAUUAUCUUCAUCCUCCUGCUCAUUUCAUACACUGUCAUCUUAGUCAAGAUAAGGACACACCUCAAGGAAGGGAAGCGCAAGGCUUUCUCCACCUGCGGAACUCAGAUCAUGGUUUUGUGUUUAAUAUUCAUACCCUUCAUCUUCAUCUACGCUCGACCCUUCCGGAAAUUCCCCAUGGACAAGGUGGUCUCUGUCCUUUACACUGUAAUCACCCCAAUGCUGAAUCCAAUAAUCUAUACACUGAGGAACACCGAGAUGAAGAAGGCUAUCAGGAGACUGAUGAGCAGAAUGCUCUUCUCAGGGAGGGAAAUGAAGACGUAA